AUGGGUUGUGGUGUACUAUACACGACGUAUACGCAACAAGAUAUUGACACUGAAAUCGCCGCUUUGACACCUCGUUUACCUGUAGCCGUGCUUAUGAAUGGUGGUAUUAUCAAACUUGAAGGUGCAAAUGGAUUUUUCAAUCCGAAUUCUCUUCUCGAUCCGAGUUGGCUAAAAGGUAAAAUGACACCGCAACAAUAUUACGAAGCAAUCGAUUAUAUUAAUAAAUGCACGGGUUACACUCAUAUUGGUCUGACUAGGGCUUUUCCGGUAUAUGAACGACAGAUGCGUCAACAACUACGAGUUCAAGCAGGAACGGCUGCAGUACAGACGAUCAAUGAAAAUAAUCCAUCAGUUCAUUUUACUUAUCAACAAACAGCUGAAAGCAAAGCAAUGGAUACAAGUUGGAGUACAGAUCCAGCUAUGCGCUAUAUGCAGCAACGUCGUGCUCCAAUUGGUCAUUCCUCAGUGACGGAACUUUAUAUUACUUUUUUAUUUGCUUUUUCUUCAAAUGCUCGAGCACUUCAUGGAGAUAUUUCUAUCGAAUUUGAUAACAUCAAUCAAAUAUUAGAAAUUCAAAAUAAAUAUGCUGAAUUAACAUGGAAAUAUCUUAGUUAUAAAUAUGGAUAUUGUCAAGCUAUUCGAAGAUUUAUUAAUUUAAUUCAAUGGUUUUUAUCCAUAAGUACUUUCAUGUCAUAUGCACAUAAUGCUCCAACUUAUGUUAAUGAUAUUGAAUCAUUAAUUGAAGAAACAGAAUUAACGCUUAUUUUAGAUGAUGUAGAUGAUAUUGCUCAAGAUGAUUAA